AUGCCCAUCUGCAUCGAAUGCUCUUAUCCGGUCUCCCAUCUGUACAGUGCUUACAGUCGCGCCGAUGACCGGUCUCAAGGCAAGGGUGUGCGACUGACGCAAUGCCCGCGUUGCCAGCGAUUUGCCGACAAAUAUGUCGAAUAUGACUUCGUUGUGUUGUUCAUUGACUUGGUGCUUAUCAAACCCCAGGUAUACCGGCACCUUUUGUUCAAUCGGCUCGGACGCGACGACAAUCGGUUCGAUCGAUCCAUCAUCCGCCUCGGCGUUCUCCUACUCCUCUUCGACGUUUACCUGACCUGGGCACGCAUUGAAAAGGACCCAUCCCUCGCAGCGACGUUCCUCUCGCGCGCCCCCAUCAUCGUCCAAUACCUCUUCUUCCUAAGCUUGAACGCCGCCGCAACCCUCGCCCACCACCUAACCGUCCGCCUGCUAGCUUCAAUUCUGGUCCCAAAAUCCCGCCGGUACAACGGCCCAGACAGCAGCAACAAUGCCACCACAACAAACACAGGCGAAGCCACCCCAUUCCCCUCAGGACCCCCGACACCAACAAUCCGGCCCUCCCCAUCUGCUGUCUCAGUAAUCGCCCAAACCCAAAACCAAGCAAACCCACUAGCAAGCCCACCAAAGUCCACUCAAGCCUCGAGCACAUACAGCGAGGUGACUUCCCCAACCGAUGCGCAAGCACCACCAAUCCCACCACCACGACCAGCCCCGCCAUUACGUCGCGCCUCAACAGCCCCGCUACAGAACAUCCAGCCCCUCCCCCUCCAACGGCAGCAAGCCCAGCAGCAAUCAGCACCGCAUUACUAG